GCUAUUGUCCACGCCUCGACUUCACCUGUGAGAUAGACAAUUUGUCAACCGGGCAUCGAUCAAACAUGGGACAUCUGAGUGGCCUGGCAACGGGCGCCAUUGAAACCAUGGAUGGCAAAGGCAAAACCGCAGUAGGGAGUGGUGUGGAGUGCAGAGGAGGCCCAGAGGAGCCGCUGCUAAUGUCUGAAGUGCACAUCCCCGUCCAAGUUCAUUAGACUUGGAUAGGUGCGGGCGGGAGUGCUGCCUAACACGAAAUGGAAAGUUUCGGCAUAUCCCUAUCCCUAUCCCCUGAAUCGUGGUAAAUCGCAGCGCGAAAACGCGUAGGUCUAAAAAUAUCACGGCACUCGAAGACAAUCGAUGUGCCCACAGCUGACAGAGAUGGGCGAACGUGAGCCGGAGUCGGACGGAGAGGACGCCGAGGUCUAUUGUAAGUUGAUCCCUCUAAGUUGACAGCAGCAGAUGUCCCUACUCAUGGAUUAUUCCGCAGUCCUGAAGCCGGUCAACGAGUACAACAUUGUGGAUAGGAUCAAGGAGGCCAACAAGGAGCUCUUUGCGCUGGAGGAAGAGGGUGCGGGUGCGGGUGCUGGUGCCAACGGCAAUGGCAAGGUGACCAAGGUGAUUGCCCUAAAUCUGGAGGAUUACGAGCCAACGGGGGCCGCCGGGAAGGACCAGAGUCCCAGUCCGCCGGAUGAGCUACUGCAGCAAUUGACACAGCUCAAGCUGAAGACCAUCACUGAAGAGGAGACUGUCGCAGCUCCAGAGACGUUAAAAAUUGUUGAGGAGACCCCUGCUCCGCCGGUGGAGGAAGUUGAGGAGGAAGAGAUCUGCGAGGAAAUCCUGGACUUGACUGAGGUUUCUUCACAGCCUGCCGUCCAAGAGGCACUGCCCAUCGAGGAGGAAGAUGAAGACGAUUUCUCUGGUGUGGAUGAAGCAGAUCUGGAUGAUGACUCACCCGUAAAAGAUGCUUCCGCUGCACCAUUCCAAGUAAGACAGAUCCCCAACUUCGACCAGGAUGAUUCCGACCAGAAGAGUCUCACCAAUUUGCUGACCGAGUCCGAUUGCGAAGAGGAGGAGCGCACCCUUAACGAGGCCCGUCAGAAGCUUCGCGAUGCGUACAAGAAUCUCUACAAAACGUUGGAUCCCAAGGAGCAGGCCACCAUAGACAGGUUAACGGGGGUUGGGUCCGAAGAACCUUCUUUACCGCCUUUGCCAGUAGCUGCUGCAGCCGAAGUCGAUGAAGAGGAUGAUCUAUCCAUUAUUGUAGCCAGCUAUAUACCCGAUAACUUUGAGCUCAACGAGCAGAGCAUUUACUACAAAAAGGAAGAGCAGGAGGACUUGACCGGGCUAGCUAAACAGCAAUCCUGCUCCGAAUGCCCCAAGGCAACUUCCAAGUCCUUUUUCACGUCUCGGAGUUUUAGUUUUCGACGUCGAUCUAAGCCCACGCCUACACCAUCAUCCGCCACAGCUUCGACGACCUCUCCCUCCAUUCGGAUGAAUUACAAGAUUUGCUGCGAGCACCGUCACUCGCUGCAGGGGAAGCUGCCCCGGUACACGGGCUACAUGUCCGAGUAUGGACUGAGUGCCCAGCAGUUGCAACGGCGGGAGCAGCAGUUGCGACGAAAGCAGCGCUUCUCCAUGGAGCAGACCAUCAGUCGCAACGAACAGGAGCUUAAAAAGAUGCAGGACAACGAGCGGGCCUUCACCACCUGGCUAAAAAAUAAGAUGCGUUAUCCGAUCAACAAAACUCGUAACAUGUUCGAUGCUCACAAGAGGCGGGGAAGCGUAGCAGCCGCUGCAGCAAGUCCACACGUUCAUUCGCCCCAUCAGCAGGAGCAGCAGCCGCAAAGAGGUGGAAGCCGGCGGCGGAGGCGUCGUGACAGCGAUGAUGACGAUGUAGUACACGCCUAUCGACACCUUCUCGGCAGCUGGAACAAGUAGCAGCCGCUGAU